AUGUCAUGGCGACCCUGGGCACGGGCUUGGCAGCUGCGCAGCCACAGCUUCCAUGGCUGCUCUGGCCAUGGUCGAACUCUGCGAGAAGUUGAGGACCUGCGGCAUCAGCUGGUAAGCCAGGGAGCAGACCUCGAUGCGAAAACACUCAUCGUGGAAGUUCUGUCGCAUGGUCUCGGCGUUUUCGCGGGCCGGGCGAUCAAUAAGGGUGAGGUGGUUGCCUCGGUUCCUCGACGGCUCGUCUUGGAGGUGCCGCUAGCGUCCCCACAGUCAUCUUCAGCCCCUCAGCCGCCGAAGCCCUUCGCGGCUGCUGCUGGAGGCAACGGCCAAUGGUACGAUGUCAUGGGCUUCCCAGAGGGCCGCGCGGCGGUGGCGCAGGCGGCCGCGCGCUUGGCCGAAGAGUACGCGGCAGGCUCCUCAUCUCUCCUGGGGGCCUACUGCGCAGCUUUGCCUUCCCCGGACCUUCAAGCUUGGGCCCUGGCUGCGGUGGUGACGAGAAACUUUGCACUCAAAGGUAAAGUCUCCUCCCUUGGCCUCCUUCCCUUCAUCGACCUCUUCAAUCAUCAAAGCUCCUCCGGAAGAGGCAGGGUGCCCUGGACGUGCUAUUUCCAGGAGAGGCACGGCUGUGUGGUCAUGGUGGCAGAGCGCCGCAUCUUAGAGGGCGAGGAGCUCACGUUCGUGUACGCGGCGGCCCCGGACGCGGCCCUGCUGGUCCAAUACGGCAUUCCGCCAGCUCCCGGUGCCAACUUCCACAACCUGGCGGGACUUCAGGUCCACUCAGAUGUGCUGGAAACUGCUGGCCAGCGCGACCUGGCGGGAGACUGGGGCUGGACCGACUUGACCCAACCACUGCUCUUCACCAUCCCGGAAGCUUGGCAGCCUCGAAAUCUAGACUAG